UUCUCUUACAUUUUUAAUGUCGUACUGAAUUUUGGAAAGCUGGUAGGAAGCGAUCCAGGCCUGCUGACGUCACUUCCUCAUGAAAAACUCAUUCUGAGAUUCGGAAGGGACGACUGUUUUAUCGUAUUACAGACAUGAGGCUGAAUUUGGUAUUAGCUGUUACUCUGAUGUCCAUCCCCAUGGCACUUGUGCAAGGGGCCGAGAAGAAGAAACUACAGAUUGGAAUCAAGAAAAGAGUGGACAACUGUCCUAUAAAGUCCCGCAAGGGAGACGUGUUGAACAUGCACUACACUGGCAAACUGGAAGAUGGGACAGAAUUUGACAGCAGUAUACCGAGGAAUCAGCCCUUUACCUUCACUCUCGGCACGGGACAGGUCAUCAAGGGCUGGGAUCAGGGUUUGUUGGGGAUGUGUGAGGGUGAGAAGAGGAAGCUGGUUAUUCCCUCUGAGCUCGGUUAUGGUGAUAGAGGAGCUCCACCUAAAAUUCCAGGUGGUGCCACACUCAUCUUUGAAGUUGAACUGUUGAGCAUUGAGAGAAGAUCUGAUUUAUAGUGACAAGAUUUGUUGGUCUGUCAGUCUUAAGCAUUUAAAGUCAGCGUGUCCGCAGGAAGAUCAACGACUUGAUCCACUGAAUAAACAUAGCAACUUCUGGUGUUAAAGGGAGAGUCCACCCGCAUGUGAAAAUUUCAUUGUCAUUUAUUAACACACGUCAGUCCAAAACGUCAUGGCUUUCCUUCUUUUGUUGAACAUACAAGAAAAUAUUUUGAAGAAUGCUGGUAGCUAAAUGGCUUUAUUUUUAUUGACUCCAUUGUUCAAAAAUAGAACUGAAGAUGCUAGUAUUCUUAAAAAUAUCAUCUUUGGUGUUAUUCAGGUUUGGAAUGACAAAAUUUUCAUUUUUGAGUGGACUAUCACUUUAAAGAGAUUUCUCUGUUUUUAAAAGGUUGCAGAAACAAAAGCUUGAUAAUGUUUUUUUUUUGAGUUUCCCUUAAAGAAAGAAAAGAAUGACACAGCUUUUCUGACAUGUAUGUAGCACCAUUCUUUAUUUGAGAGCUUUACUACACGUAUUUGGUUGUGAGAGUGCACAAAGUACAGUUUUUGCCAUUCCAACAAAUUCUGAUCGUCAACAUAUGCAUUUCUCAAAUCUUGUUCACUUGAAAUUGAAUAAACAUUUUAUUUACAAAAGCUA